AUGCCCACGACUCGGCCAGUGUGGGACAAGGCACUUUCCAGCUUCAUACUUGUUUUCGAUGAUGAUUGGACAGUGCGGGUGCCCGGCUCAGCCGGCUCUGAAAGUCCGCUCGCCCUCGUCCCGGCAGAGUAUGUGGGCGAUGAGUUCAUGAUACGGGUGAUGGAGUUCCCAGGAGAGGGAAACUCGAUUUCAGUGGGUGGACUGUUCUUCACUGGAAAAGAGGCACCCUGUCAGGCAGGUGAUCUGGGAUUUCUACCCCAGUCCUUCGGCAUCCGCAGUCAGAGUCCUGCGAGUUCACAGGCAGGCACGAAGGGAAGUCGGCGCGAGGCUGCUGGACUCAGGCAAGGUGACUGCAUUAUUGUCAAAUGGACUGGCACCGGCAGCGCUGAAGUGUUUGUGAAUUCUGCGCGCGUUUGGCAUGGAAGUCUCCUGGCCCCUGCCCGAGCCCGUCGGUUCUUCGGCGCAUCCGUCGCAGACAAUGCAGCCUUGCGUAUCGAGGCAACGCAAAAGCAUUGCCGAACCCCCGUUUGCUAUGCAGAGCGCCUGCUGCAAACGACUUUAUUCUCAGACGUGGAAGUAGUUUGCUCUGACGGGUGCGUUCUUCACUCACACAAAGCCUUGCUAGCAGCCAGCUCGUCUGUGUUUUGCCGAAUGUUUGAGUCUGGCAUGCUGGAGUCCAAGGAAUCCCGUGUCAGUAUUCCAGCACCGAGGGAAGUAGUGUCGGGCUUCUUGCAGCACAUCUACACCGGAGUUUUCGAUCCCAAUGUUGAUGCUGCAGCAUUGAUUGAAUUGGCGCACAUGUACGAUUUGCAAGAUCUGGCACAGUUCUGUGGGGAAGUUCUGGUCGACAAUUUGGCCCCUGCCAAUGUCAGCCAAUGUGCUCGUAAAAUUGGGCGUCUUCGUGGAAAUGGAAAUGGCCAGGACUAUGUCGGUUACAGUGGAAGCCCGGGCGGCUCUGUCGAGUCACACUCUGAAGAUGUCUUCGAGCAAAUCUGGCGACGGUUGAGCGACCGCAUCGAGCGUGAUCCGGGGUUGGUGAGGGCGCUUCUGGAGGGGCAUGUGCAUGAGCGAGACCAAAGUUGA